AUGGAGACCCAGACUGUGCAGCAGGAGCUGGGCUCGGCUAGGGAGAGGCAGAGCCAGCGUCCCAACCAAAGUCUGUUUACUGGACUUCAAGCCUCCUUUACUUCCGCCUGUGCUCCUCUUCCCUCACCCCAGAGACCAUGUCAUUGGUGUGUGUUCUGUCUUCCAGAAUCCCUUCCAACCACCAAGAUGGCUCAAACUAACCCCAUGCCGGGGUCUGUGGGGCCAUGGAAGAUAACCAUCUAUGACCAGGAGAACUUCCAGGGCAAGAGAAUGGAGUUCACCAGCUCCUGCCCAAAUGUCUCUGAGCGCAGUUUUGACAAUGUCCGGUCUCUCAAGGUGGAAUGUGGCGCCUGGAUUGGUUAUGAGCAUACCAGCUUCUGCGGGCAACAGUUUGUCCUGGAGAGAGGAGAGUACCCUCGCUGGGAUGCCUGGAGCGGGAGUAAUGCCUACCACAUUGAGCGCCUCAUGUCCUUCCGCCCCAUCUGUUCAGCUAAUCAUAAGGAGUCUAAGAUUACCAUCUUUGAGAAAGAAAACUUUAUUGGACGACAAUGGGAAAUCUGUGAUGACUACCCCUCCUUGCAAGCCAUGGGUUGGUUCAACAACGAAGUUGGUUCCAUGAAGAUACAAUGUGGAGCCUGGGUUUGCUACCAGUAUCCUGGAUACCGUGGCUAUCAGUAUAUCUUGGAAUGUGACCAUCAUGGAGGAGACUAUAAACACUGGAGAGAGUGGGGUUCUCAUGCCCAGACUUCCCAGAUUCAAUCAAUUCGCCGUAUCCAACAGUAGUGGAUUAGAAGCUCCAAGUAACAAUUCCCCAAGCACGAGU